CCGAGCACAGGGUGUCAUCCAGACAGCCCGCAGCUCUGUCCGAAAGAUAGACUGAGUAAGCUGAACUACUGCCGCUACAAGUCCACAUCCGUAUGAGGGACUUAAAACUCAUUCCUCUCGCCCUGAUCGUAAAUUUGACCCCCUGAACUUGUGUGGUCGUGCUGGAGUGGAGGUAAGCCAUGGAGGAUGGGAAGCCAGUGUGGGCGCCCCACCCCGCCGAUGGGUUCCAGCUGGGGAUGAUAGUUGACAUAGGAGCUGACACGCUCACCAUCGAAUCACUAAACCAAAAGGGCAAGACCUUUCUUGCUCCGAUGAGCCAAGUCUUCUCAGCAGAGGAUGAUGUCAACAAACACGUAGAUGACAACUGUUCCCUUAUGUACUUAAAUGAAGCCACUCUUCUCAACAACGUCAGAGUGCGGUACAAUAAAGACCACAUCUAUACUUAUGUGGCCAAUAUCUUGAUAGCAGUGAAUCCUUACUAUGACAUCCCCAAACUUUAUGGACCUGACGCCAUUAAGUCGUACCAGGGGAAGUCACUGGGAACUCUGCCACCUCACGUCUAUGCUAUAGCCGACAAAGCCUACAGGGACAUGAAGGUUCUCAAGAUGAGCCAGUCCAUCAUAGUGUCCGGUGAAUCUGGUGCUGGAAAGACUGAAAACACUAAGUUUGUCCUCAGAUAUCUCACUACAACAUACGGAAGUGGUCAAGAUAUUGACGAGAGAAUUGUAGAAGCAAAUCCCCUUCUUGAGGCCUUUGGAAAUGCAAAGACAGUCCGGAAUAAUAACAGCAGUCGCUUUGGGAAGUUUGUGGAAAUCCACUUCAAUGAAAAGAAUGCAGUUGUGGGUGGAUUUGUCUCCCAUUACUUGCUAGAGAAGUCGAGGAUUUGCAUGCAAAGUAACGACGAGAGGAACUACCACAUCUUCUACAGGCUGUGUGCCGGAGCAUCUGAGGACAUAAAGAAGAAACUGCACCUGGACUCUCCAGACAGCUUCAGGUACCUGAACCGAGGAUGCACCAGAUACUUUGCCAGUAAGGACGCUGAUAAACAAAUCAUGCAGAACCGCAAGAGUCCCGAGGACAAUAAGCAUCUACAGGUCGGCGCUCUGAAGGACCCUCUUCUUGACGACCAGGGUGACUUCAGCAGGAUGUGUGUGGCCAUGAAGAAGAUUGGGCUGGACGACACUGAGAAGCUGGACCUGUUCAGAGUGGUGGCUGGCGUUCUGCAUCUGGGCAACAUUGACUUUGAAGAAACAGGGAGCUCCUCAGGUGGUUGUGUCCUGAAGAAUCAGUCAGGCCAGACUCUGGAGUACUGUGCUGAUCUGCUGGGUCUGGACCAGGAUGAUUUACGUGUCAGCCUCACAACCAGGGUCAUGCUCACUACAGCAGGGGGCGCCAAAGGAACAGUUAUCAAGGUGCCUCUAAAGGUGGAACAAGCAAACAAUGCCCGCGAUGCCCUGGCCAAGGCAGUGUACAGCCGCCUCUUCGACCAUGUUGUUAAACGAGUAAACCAGUGUUUCCCCUUCAAGACUUCCUCCAACUUCAUCGGGGUGUUGGACAUCGCUGGGUUUGAGUAUUUUGAACACAACAGCUUUGAGCAGUUCUGUAUCAAUUACUGCAAUGAGAAACUGCAGCAGUUCUUCAACGAGCGUAUUCUGAAAGAGGAGCAAGAGCUGUAUCAAAGGGAAGGCCUGGGAGUGAAUGAGGUGUAUUAUGUUGACAACCAGGACUGCAUAGACCUAGUGGAAGCAAAGCUGGUGGGAAUUCUGGACAUUUUGGAUGAAGAGAACCGUCUCCCUCAGCCCAGCGACCAACACUUUGCACUGGCUGUUCACAGCAAGCAUAAAGACCACUUCAGAUUGACGGUUCCCAGGAAGUCAAAGUUGACCAUUCACAGGAAUCUCCGGGAUGACGAGGGCUUUAUCGUCAGGCACUUUGCUGGAGCAGUUUGCUAUGAAACGACUCGGUUUGUUGAAAAGAAUAACGAUGCCCUCCACAUGUCCCUGGAGGGCUUAGUGUCCGAAUCGAAAGACAAAUUUGUUCGAGAGCUGUUUGAGAACUCAAUCACCAACAAGGACUCCAAGCAAAAGGCGGGCAAACUCGGCUUCAUCAGCGUUGGCAACAAGUUCAAGACCCAGCUGAACCUGCUGCUGGAAAAACUUCGCAGUACUGGCUCAAGUUUCAUCCGCUGUGUAAAACCCAACCUGAAGAUGGUCAGCCACAAGUUUGAAGGAGCUCUGAUUCUCUCACAGUUGCAGUGCUCAGGAAUGGUGUCGGUGUUGGACCUGAUGCAGGGGGGUUUCCCCUCCAGAGCCCCCUUCCACGAGCUCUACAACAUGUAUAAACAGUAUAUGCCUGAGAAGCUCACACGCCUGAAUCCACGACUCUUCUGCAAGGCUUUGUUCAAAGCUCUGGGACUAAACGACAAUGACUUCAAGUUUGGAUUGACCAGAGUGUUCUUCCGCCCUGGAAAGUUUGCUGAGUUUGACCAGAUCAUGAAGUCUGAUCCAGAACACCUCGCAGAGCUGCUGAAGAAAGUCAACCAGUGGUUGUUGUGCAGCUGCUGGAAGAAGGUCCAGUGGUGCAGCCUGUCUGUCAUCAAACUUCGGAACAAGAUGAGUUACAGAGCUCUGGCCUGCAUUAAGAUACAGAAGACUGUCCGCAUGUGGUUGUGUAAGAAAAAGCAUAAGCCACGCAUUGAUGGCAUGGUAAAGGUUCGAAACCUGAAGAAACACAUGGAUCGGUUCAACAAGGUGGUGAAUGGGCUGAAGGAGGGCAAGCAGGAGAUGGCCAAACAGGUUCAGGAGCUGGCUGUCUCCAUAGACACUCUGUUAGCAAAGAUAAAGGCUACAGUGAUGACCUGGAAAGAGAUUGACACAGAGUACCAGGGGCUGGUGAAACGCUCAGAGCAGCUGCUCUCCUCCAUGCAAAAGAAGAAGCAGGAGGAAGAAGAGAGCGAGAGGCUGAAACACAUUGAGGAGGAGAUGGAAAAAGAGAGGAAGGCGAGGGAGAAGGAAGAGCAACGACGCAAACAGGAGGAAGACGACAGAAGACUGAAAUCCGAGAUGGAGCUGAAGAGGAAGCAGGAUGAAGAGGAUAGAAAAAAGAGAGAGGAGGAAGAGAAAGUAAUACAGGCGGAGUUGGAGAUUCAGCUGGCUGUGGAGCGUGAGGAGCAGGUCCAGCGCAGCACCAUAGUGGAGCAGGAGAGAAGAGACAGAGAGUUAGCCAUGAGAAUCGCUCAGAGUGAGGCAGAGCUCAUCACUGAGGAGGGGCAGCUGGACGCAAGCCUGCGCAGGGGUCCUCAAGUGCAGGCAACCAAAGCUGCUGCCGGUGUGAAAAAGUAUGACCUCAGCAAGUGGAAGUAUGCUGAGCUGCGAGAUGUCAUCAACACUUCCUGUGACAUUGAGCUGCUGGCGGCCUGCAGAGAGGAGUUCCACCGCCGUCUGAAGGUCUAUCACGCAUGGAAGUCCAAGAACAAGAAACGUACCGAUGACGGAAGUGAUCAGAGAGCUCCUAAAUCUAUCACUGACUACGCUGAACAGAACCCAGCUCCUCCGAUGACCGCCCAGCAUCAGGAAGUGGCCAUGAACCGCCAGCAGCGAUAUUUUCGCAUUCCUUUCAUUCGGCCAGCAGACCAGUACAAAGACCCGCAGAAUAAAAAGAAGGGCUGGUGGUACGCCCACUUCGAUGGGCCCUGGAUAGCCAGACAGAUGGAGCUUCACCCAGACAAACAACCUAUUGUGUUGGUUGCAGGGAAAGAUGACAUGGAGAUGUGUGAGCUGAGUCUGGAGGAGACAGGUCUGACCAGGAAGCGGGGGGCAGAGAUCCUGCCCAGGCAGUUUGAAGAAAUCUGGGAACGCUGCGAUGGAAUUCAGUACCUCAAGAAAGCCAUUGAGAACAAGCAGGCUCGCCCGACGUACGCUACGGCCAUGCUUCAGAGUCUCCUCAAGUGAAUCACAGCAGCAAGAUAAGCGUCCUGAAACAUGACACUGAUACACAGACUCACAAACAUAAACAUGCACAUUCAAGGCCAGCGCGGUGUACCUGCGGUUUUUGGGAUGAAAAGAAGUAACCACAGAGAAAGAUGCUCCUUAUACAAUCUUACCGUAUGCACUCAGUGUUUCAUCUCCUUUUAAAUACCGGGAUGUUCUUCAUCUUCACUUUUUAUAUAUUUUAUUUUGCAGUGUAACACCUUAUUGGUGUAGCGUUAGCAUUUCAGUCUUCUUGUCAAUCUAUGCUUGAAUGGAUCAUCGCACUGUGAGGCCUUAAAUUGCAAUAUCACUGCACUACACCCAGGAAGUCUUAAUUGGUGCGUAGCUUAUCUAGCUAUUAACCUGAAACCUUAAUGGUCUGUAAUAAGGACAAUAAAUGAGAUGUUAAGAGAAAAUAUGUAGA